AUGGUCAAAAGACCAGAUGAAGCAGAUUCACAGAUUGCGUCCUCACGUAACCCCCCGUCUACCAUCCCCCUCCAACAACUCUCAACAAGUGGUUUAUCCAGAAGUCAAGCUGGCGACAAACACGCCGAAGCUCGUGAGCAGGAGACUUCGUUACUUGGCCGGUCGUCUGUCGCCGGAGGAGGCAGUCAGUACCGCCACGGCGACCGAGACUCAGAAUACACAGCUGAAUCCAAUGAUUCGGAUUCUUGGAGUGAUACCGGUGACAUAGCGGAUCAAGCGCCAGACGACGAGGAUCCGGUCAAGCAGCAUCUCACAAAGGACGGAAAGUCGAAGAAAACUAAAAAGGUCAGGUACGCCGACGACGGCGGCGACGACGGCAACAGCGAAGAGCACACAGAGAGCCGGAGGAAACGAAUUCGAAGGAAGGACAUACCGAUCCCUGAACCGGAACCGAGGAGGCCUACGGCUAUUGGAAGAUUAAUAUCAUUUUCCUUAACUGGAGGGAGGCAAUCCGACAAAAUGUAUGGGUUAACGGGGAAACCGCUUCUAUACUUCACAAGUAUAUUUGUGAGUCUAGGGGUAUUUCUCUUUGGAUAUGAUCAAGGAGUUAUGAGCGGUCUCCUAACUGGAGAAAAUUUCAAGGCAUACUUUAACUACCCCACGGCCGCCCAAAUCGGGACUAUGGUCGCAAUUCUUGAGGUUGGCGCAUUCUUUUCAUCCCUGUUGGUUGGAAAAAUUGGAGAUAUCAUCGGAAGAAGACGAACGAUCUUAUAUGGUGCUAUAAUAUUCGUCAUCGGAGGCGCUUUCCAAACCUUCUCGAUCGGUAUCGGCACGAUGAUUAUCGGAAGAAUCAUAGCUGGUGUUGGUGUUGGUCUGCUAUCAACUAUCGUCCCCGUCUACCAAUCUGAGAUAUCACCGUCGCACAAUAGAGGCCUACUUGCUUGUAUCGAAUUCACAGGCAACAUUGUUGGUUAUUGUUCGAGCGUGUGGAUGGAUUACUUCUGUUACUCGAUUCCGAACGACUGGUCUUGGAGAUUACCACUCUCGAUGCAAAUUGCCAUGGGCACGUUACUAGCCGUUGGCUCUUUGGCCAUAUGCGAAUCGCCGAGAUGGCUGUUGGACAACGACCACGACGAAGAUGGUCUCACGGUGCUAGCUAAUCUCCACGGCGGUGGUGACGUCUAUAACGAGCGGGUGCGAGAUGAGUUCAGAGACAUCAAAGAAUCGGUUAUCAUCCAACGACAAGAAGGAGAACGAUCGUACAAGGAUAUGUUCGCCCGUUACCGUCGAAGGGUAUUCAUCGCCAUGUCGGCCCAAGCAUUCGCCCAACUAAACGGCAUCAAUGUUAUCUCAUACUAUGCCCCGCUAGUAUUCGAACAAGCUGGCUGGGAAGGGAAAGACGCCCUCCUAAUGACGGGCAUCAACGCGCUAGUAUACGUGGCUGCCUCGAUACCACCGUGGGUCCUUGUAGAUCGAUGGGGAAGACGAAAAAUUCUCCUCUCCGGAGCAAUCAUUAUGGCGAUAUCCCUUUCGCUCAUAUCGUACUUCAUGUACCUUCGUAUUCCGUCGACUCCAACGCUGGUAGUGGUCUUCGUGGUCAUUUACAAUGCGUUCUUUGGGUACUCAUGGGGUCCCAUCCCAUGGCUGUACCCACCAGAGAUCCUGCCGCUAUCGAUUAGAGCCAAGGGAGCAUCGUUGUCAACUGCUACUAACUGGGCGUUUAAUUGGUUGGUUGGGGAGUUGACUCCCAUCCUCCAGGAAGUGGUGGAGUGGCGAUUAUACCUUAUUCAUGCAUUUUUCUGCGUUUGCAGUUUUAUUUUAGUUUACUUUUUCUACCCUGAGACUAAGGGUCUUACACUAGAAGAUAUGGGAGUAUUGUUUAACGAUGGAUCGGCUGCCCCGACUCCUUCGGGACGAUCGUUGUUGAAUACUGAGGGUAGGACGAGCCCGGUGCCUACUCUGGAUAUCAACAACCCGUUCCCGCAUAACGGGAAGAAUAGGGAUGAGGAGUCCGGUAUAUUUGGGUGGGUUAAGGGAAUAUUUAGAAGGGAAGAACGGCGUUCAAGUGAUUAUAGACCAUUGAUUACCGGUGAGGAUUAA